ACGCCGGGCCCACUUGCCAGCGUCGCUCCCUCCCGCCCGGCGGACAGAGAGGGCGACAGGUGGCCAGCGUCCACGGAGACCCCGUCGUUACCGACUCGCCGGCCGCCGCCGCAAGGCAGACAGACGCAUCCGCGCUCUCCCGAUGUCUGGGGCGACCGCAGCUCUCCUGCGCGCCCACCGCGUGCCCAUGCUGCAUUCGCCCUUCGCGUGCUCGCUCGCCGCCGCGCGCUCCCUGGGCGCGCAUCUCCCUCUCCGCGCCCCGGCGCCCGCCGCGCCGCUCUCCUCCCGCCUCCCCCUCGCGCGCCUCCGCUCCGGCGCUUCGCCGCGCUUCUUCUCCUCCUCCUGCGGCGCCCCUGGCAGCGCUGUCUCUUCCUCGGCGGCGGAGCACGAGGAGCCGCGCAAGUCGGAGCUCAUCUUCCUCGGCACGGGCACCAGCGAGGGCGUCCCGCGCGUCAGCUGCCUCACCCACCCCUCCAAGACCUGCCCCGUUUGCACCAAGGCAGCAGAGCCGGGGAACCGGAACCGAAGGCGCAACACCUCCAUUCUCCUGCGCCAUGUCACGCCGUCUCGCACUUCUAACAUCCUCAUCGAUGCUGGCAAGUUUUUCUACCAUUCCGCGCUCCAGUGGUUCCCUGCUUUUGGGUUGAGGGAGAUUGAUGCUGUCAUUAUUACUCAUUCUCAUGCUGAUGCAAUUGGAGGCCUUGAUUGUCUUCGUGAUUGGACGAACAAUGUCCAGCCCUCCAUCCCAAUUUAUGUGGCACCGCGUGAUUAUGAGGUGAUGAAGAUGACACACCACUAUUUGGUCGACACAAGUACGGUUAUACCUGGAGCUGCAGUUUCAACAUUACAGUUCAACAUUAUAAACGAGGAACCAUUUACCGUUCAGGAUCUUGAGGUAAUUCCUUUGCCUGUAUGGCAUGGUCAGGGUUACCGUUCCCUUGGUUUCCGUUUUGGUGACAUAUGCUACAUAAGUGAUGUCAGUGAUAUACCUGACGAAACCUACAAACUUCUGGAAGACUGUCAACUUCUUAUAUUGGAUGCUCUUAGACCUGAUCGUUCUUCUUCAACACACUUUGGAUUACCUAGGGCCCUCGAGGAAGUCAGGAAAAUCAAACCAAAGAGAACACUGUUUACCGGGAUGAUGCAUUUAAUGGACCAUGAGAAAGUGAACGAUGAUCUUGCCAGGCUGAUGGAAACAGAGGGGCUUGACGUCCAGCUUAGCUAUGAUGGUCUCAGUAUACCUGUAAGGCUCUAGAACAAUUGGGCACACGCGAUAUGUUAAUCUUUUGGGCACUGUUGAACGGCAGUUGCAGAUUUUCUGUAGUUUCAUUUCAGUAAAAUGAUCACAACAUGUAAUCCGUCAAACUCCUCACGUCAAGCUUUCCUUUUACUUAUCUUUCUUCCCCCACCCCUCCUCCUCAACAGAGGAAUCAUAUGUACUAGCAAAUUUAGUCCUUACAUCGCUGAUGAAAUUAAGUUUCAGCAGUGGUUUGUUUAA